AUUACAAUUUUUGAAAAAAGAAUUUUUGAAAAAUAAAGUAGAUAGUGGGAGAGGGACAGAAGCAGGAGAAGAAGGGAUGGAUUACAAUCUGGCCGCGCUGAAGCUCCUAUGCUCACACCUCAACACCGCCACUGAGACUAAAACCUCUCACUCUCAGACCGCCUUUUCUCUGUGCGGAAUUCUCUUCCAGCGCGCUUGGAUUCAGGGGGUUUUGGUCUCAACACCGUCCACCUCUGAUGACGACGCCGGCCGCUUCCUCCUCGACGACGGCACCGGCGUUAUCCAACUUGUGCUCUCCAGCGAGUACCUCCAGCAUGAUGCCUGGAAAUUAGGUAUGUAUGUAAUGGUUGUAGGAGGAUAUUCAGUUCGAAAAGAUGGCACCCCGUUCAUUAAGGUGCACAAAAUUGUUGACCUUUCACCGGUGCCGGAUCGAGAGGCGAUGUGGUAUCUAGAAGUUGUGGAGGCAUUCAAACUUUUCUAUCAGCCCCUCUUAGAGUACAAUUCUGAAUGAAUGUGUCAUUUCUGGUUACUCGAGGAUCAACAUGUAAUUAUUGUUGCUUCUGCACUCAACGCUUUAAUUAUUCUUUGUUGAGAUGGUUCUUAUUGCUUGAUUCAUAGGAUCUCUUUUCAUGCUUAGGCAAGUUUAUGACCUCAUUGGGCACUGGAAGGCCAAGCCAUCACCUGUUGAGCCAAUUCAAAGUGACCAAAUUGAGUUUGAACUAAAGCACAGGUUUUUAU